AUGUCUAUUGAAGCUCUGGCAAUGGCGGGGGUUGAUUACGCAGACUGUGGCAUCAACCUAGAAGUGUGGGAGCAGGAUAGCUCGGAACAGCCACCCCUACAUCUGGUAGGUGAACAGAAUUCAAGCUUGGAAAUUGAUAGAAGGAGACAAGAUAUGUUACUUGAAGAAAAAUUGUGGAAAGCAAAAAUACUGGAAUGGGCUAAAGCUAUUGCUGCAAUGCACAAGGAGAGGAUUGCAUAUAUGUCAUUGGAAAACACAUUAUCUUCUGGCCUACUUUUGGAUGGCAUUCAGGGGUGA